ACGCGAUGUCCAAGCUACAACUCUACCUCGUGAACAACGACCCCUCUGCAACGGUGUUGAUGUCACCAUCAGGACAGCCCCUAUACGCGAUAAGAACGAGGAAGGCUUCAACUUCCUCGUCUAAAUCGAGCACCAGUACAAGUGGUAGCUCUUCACCUGGAAGCCAGCUCUCAUUACUCGAUACCUUGGAACAAACUGGAACGACGACCAUCUACCGCCUCGACAAUCUCUCUCCGUCAAGGGGACAGGUCGAGACAGAAGUCGGAAUCAUCACCCCACAUGCACUACACAAGGGCGCUUCAGCUAUAAGCCUAUGUUUGGAGGGGGACUAUCACAUUGACAUCGGCACGCAGAGAGUCCAGGUGGUAGAGGAGGGGAAAUCGGAGUGUUUGACGCCGGUGACAGACAGCGAGCCCGAUGUCCGUGCUUUGGAGGUGCACGAAAACUCUUGGGCAUUCGUAGGCCCAGACAGCCGGAAAUACGUCUGGCAAAUGUUUGUCCAAUCUCCCAUCCUGGUGCUCGCAGAUUCAACCAUGAUGCCCUUGGCGAGGUACCGCAGAGCAAAACUUGGGAUAGUAUCCCGUUCUCGCAAGGCCUCGCUGGAGAUCAUGCCGGAAGGGUUAGCGGUGAUGGACAUGAUUGUCGUGACCUUUGUCGCGUUCAUGAAAUACCGCGUACCUGCCGAACUGCACUCUUUGCAAAUGCUGGCCAAUGAAACAACGCGGCAUCAUUCGUUCUUCUCUGGAGAGACGGUACAUGAAGCAGAGGCAGAACCUCCCGUGCUGAAGGCAGUUCCUGCCCAGGCGUCGUCGUGAAGGAUUGUCAAUCAGGAGGCGGACAGUUGGUUUCUCGUUCGAUUAGUUUCCCAUUUUUUAUUUCGUUCUCUUACACUGGGGUUUUCAAU